GGCGAUCACCAUCCCUUUUCCCACGUGAAUUUUCCCUUACGCCAAGAAAGGCGACCAAGCCAGCAUCUUAGAAGCGUCCACCUAAUCAAAACGAUAAAUAUAUGAAGGCUUUCGCUGCAGAACCAUGGAUGGGCGAGCAUAAAAUCAUUUUGGGUUUCGAUAUUGGUACAACAUUUUCUGGAGUAUCUUAUGCAUAUCUCUUUCCAGGCGGCCCCCAAACGGUCUCAAGAGUUAAUGCAUGGCCAGGGCAGGGCGCCUACCGAAGCGAAAGCAAGAUUCCGACUUUGGUAUGGUACGACAAUAAUAAGAAAGCUACCGCGUUUGGCGCUGAGGCGUUAAGCGCCGAAAUGCAAGAUGAAGCGGAAGACAAUGGAUGGAUCCUCGCAAAGCAUUUCAAACUUCAUCUGCACCCACAGACUAUGAAGGAGAAGUAUAAUUUGACUCUUGAUCCCCCGCCCGAGGGUGUUCCCCUUUCGACGAUAUACGAAGACUUGUUCGGUUAUCUCAUUAAGCACACUCAGGACACAUUCAUUCACCGUGUCCUCGAUGGGGCUCGUGUAUGGAAGACGUAUAUCUCCUCUGCCGAUGUUGUCAUUGCUCACCCUAAUGGAUGGGGCUUGAGGGAACAAGACUUUAUGCGUAGAGCGGUAGUGGCCGCUAAUAUCGUCCCCGAAUCUGAAUCACAUACCCGAAUCUUCUUUGUCACCGAAGGAGAAGCUUCUGUCCAUUACUGCAUGUUUCACGCCGACUUAGCAUCACAACUUAAGCCAAACGUGGAAUUUGUUGUUUGUGAUGCGGGUGGGUCGACAGUCGAUACAACCACUUACUCGGUGUCGGUAGUCCAUCCACAGCUUCAGCUUCGCGAAGCAAAACCAUCAGCUUGUAUUCAGGCAGGUGGUAUAUUCGUGAAUAAAGCUGCAGAAGACUACUUCAGCCGCGUAUUCUCAAACCCAGAGGCGAGCCUUCGGCCUGAUGAAAUUAAGGACUUUGUCCAGCAUGCUAUAGACGAUUUCGAGGCAAACGCCAAGAAAGCCUUUCAGGACAAGGACAUAACCAGUAAAGGAAGCGUGGACAUAGGGCAGAGUCGAUACACCAAUCCGGUUGUUGGUGUGAAGCGUGGGCGGAUGAUGCUGGAUGGAUCAACCAUCGAGACAUUCUUCCGACGGGCCAUGGACCAGAUUGUCGACUCUCUGAAGGAACAAAUGUCUGGCAUCAACUGCAAGCAUAUUCUGCUUGUCGGAGGCUUCGGGGAGAACCUAUGUCUGAGAGAAACGCUCAGCAGGGCUUUGGGGAAAAGAGACACUCAAAUUGUCACUGCAAACGACUCCACAGCUAAGGCGGUGUCGGAUGGUGCGGUUAUUUGGCGUGCUGCAUCCUCAGUCGUUGCACGAGCUUGCCGCUUCCAGUAUGGAAUCUCUACGAGCGUGAAAUACGAUUCAAAGAACCCGCUGCACAGUGGGCGCUUACCUUUCAAAGACAUUGAUGGGUCCGAGCUAGUUUCUGGGGUGUGGGAUCCUAUCGUCAGCCGCGGGGACGUUCUCCGGCCAGAUGAAGGGGUUUCGAAGGAUUUCUUCCAAAAUUGCGAAUCCCCCAAUCCUGGAUGUGUCUUGGAUGUGAUAUAUGCCAAUACUCUAAUUGGUCGGAAAAAGCCGUACUACUCAAAUGAUGAAAACGACAACCCUGCUCCAGGGUUUGAAGCGGUGUGCAACGUUUCUGUGGACCUGAGCAGGCUAGCUGGACUUCUCGAAAAACGUCAGGGACCCAAGGGAACAUACUGGCUAUUGAAUUACAAGAUUGGCAUCCAAUUCGGUGGAACAGAACUUCAAGCAUAUCUUGAAUGGAACGAAGGUGGAAAGACGCGCAAGAGCCCGGCUCAAAUCAUCCCAAACUCGGUGAUAUGAUCGAAUUCCGUCGUUCAGAUAAUCCUUGUUUCUCAUGAUUUCGUUUGUCAUAUACAGUCAUUCACGGCCAAUGGUUCACAUUUUGUAAUUUUGAGACUAUGACAUUGGAUCAAAACCAAAUACAAAAUUUUUACGAUGGAUAGUAGCCAG